AUGGCUCAAGAAGUGAUAACAGAUAAUUUAGAAACAGCACAAACAGAGGAAAACAUAGCAGCGUCUUCAAAUAAAGCAUUUGAGAUAAUCAAGAGCGCUGUGCUCGCUCUAGGGGAAGGAGAAAGACAAACCAAGCUGUUAAUAGUCAUUGGCGCUAGCGGUUUUGUGCUAUUGGCUAUUAUUGCAAUAGUAGUAAUAAUGCAUAAACCAAAGAAAAACAAUGAAGAAGUAGAAUAUAUUAAAAAAAUAAAAGGAUUAGAAGAUAGAAUAAAAGAAUAUAUCAAAAGAAAAGGAUACUCAGAGUCAACCCAUUUUCCUUAUGUAGAGUAUGAGAACAAAGAGCUACAAAAUCUAGAAGACAGAAAGAAAAACAUUCCCAUACAGAUUGAUGAAGAAGAAAAGAGAUUUGAAGAGACCAAACAGUCUCUUGAAGCUAAACUAAAUAAGCUGAGAGAACAAAAAGCACAGCAAGAAAGCUCUGAUGACAAAAAGACAGACUUUAGCAUAAAAAAUCUGUUAGAAGAAUUAGAGAACAAUAAGGAAAAUUCUAAGGAGACAUUAAACGAGCUAGAUAAUAAAUUAAAAUUAACAUGUUCGUCAAUAGAAACUAAAAUAAAAAAUCUUGAUGAUGAAAAUGAAAGAUUUGCAAAGCAAAGAGAACAACUUGAGAAUAAUAUAGCUAAGUGUAAAAAAGACAUUGAAGAGACAAAGCUACAGCAGAAUAAAGAAAAAGAGCCAGAGAAAUAG